UCAUCACGGAGGACAUCAAGCAACUCUCGCUGUAAUGCGACAAGAGUUUUGGCCAAUUCAUGGUAAAAGAGCUGUGACUUCUACCCUUCGAAAAUGCCAGCGUUGCUUCCGCUUCAACCCUAAGCCAACCCAGCAGCCGAUGGGGCAACUACCCUCCGCUCGAGUGCGUCCCGCCCGACCGUUUUUAAAAACUGGUAUCGACUACUGCGGGCCAUUCUAUCUUAAGCCAUAUCAUCGACGAGCUGCCCCACCAAAAACCUAUAUAGCAGUAUUCGUCUGUUUUACAACAAAAGCGAUUCAUUUGGAGCUGGUGAUGGACCUGUCGACAGCUGGCUUUAUUUCGGCGCUCCGCAGAUUCAUCGGGCACCACGGAAGGCCACACGAGAUACACUCGGACAAUGCCACGAAUUUUCAAGGUGCUAAGAACGAGUUGCAUGAACUCUAUAAGAACCUAAACAGCAAACAGGGUCAAACAUUCAUUGGGACCGAACUCUCACAGAAGGGAAUCUCGUGGAACUUUAUCCCACCCCGUGCUCCCAAUUUCGGAGGAUUAUGGGAAGCAGCAGUCCGCUCCGCCAAAACUGCCCUCAAAAAGGAAAUCGGAUCCACUCAGCUGACGCACGAAAACUUCUGUACUCUUUUAGUACAAAUCGCAGCUGCCCUAAACUCAAGGCCCCUUAGUCCAUUGUCCGAUGACCCCACUGAUAUAAAUGCCCUCACACCAGCCCAUUUUUUGAUCGCAACGACAGCAGAUGUUCCAACGGUACUGGCAACGUUGGAGCCAAGAGUACCUGACUGGUCUUCAACAGGUGAGCAAGUACCUUCGUCCUAGUCCAAUCCGCGUUGGAACCCUCGUCGUGCUUCGAGAAGACAACAUGCCUCCUCUCCAGUGGCCUUUGGCGAGGAUAACCGAGAUACACCCUGGCGAUGACGGAGUGGUGCGCGUCGUCACGGUCAGAACAGCCAAAGGGACCUACAGGCGUGCUGUAAAUCGAAUAUGUCCUCUACCGGAUGAUACCGUUGAUACUAAUGAAGAUUGUUAGUUGUUAGUUUUGUGAUUUUGUUAGUAAUAGUUGAAACAAGUUUCAAGGGGGCCGAUAAUGUUAGUAGAUUUGUUAGUGAAAUUUGUUAGUUAAUUAGUACAAUUAGUGAGUUAGUAAAUUAGUAAAAUAAUUUCCUCUGUAAAAUCAUGCAACACCCUAAUCUGUUAUACACCCAUUCACAAGCACAACACAUUACACUAAAUUGUUAAUACCAUUGCAACACUCAACACAUGUACAAAACACGAAAAGGUACCGGUCAGUAAAUACUGGACCGAGCAAAUAGUCUGUAGUAGCUAACCGAUAGCCGGUGAGAAAGCACCAAUAAAAGCUGAACCGCACGCGCGCGAUUUUUCUG